AUGCUAGUUAUCGUAAUUCGCAGUGUUGGACCGUGGACGCGGUACAUUCCAAGACGUUUUGCAGGCAUCAUAAUCGGCAUCGCUUUGAGAAACAGUACCUUGAUGCUGAUAAUGGCAAGACUCAUUGACGAUGCCGAAUACGAUCUUUGUGAAUCGCCUGGAAAUGUACCAAGUCCACCGUUCCACCCUGAUGAUUAUGUCAACUACUAA